UUCUUGCUUGCUGUGUUCCCUCAUCGUCCGUCCACUACGACCACACUCUACCGACGAUGGCGCAGACUCCUGUCUUUGUUAUGAAUACGGCGCCUGAGCGCCAAUCAGGGCGUAAAGCUCAGGUUUCAAACAUCACCGCUGCAAAGACUGUCGCCGAUGUCAUCCGGACAUGUUUGGGUCCCAAAGCGAUGUUGAAGAUGAUCUUGGAUCCUAUGGGUGGUAUCUUGUUGACGAACGACGGCAAUGCGAUCCUGCGCGAAAUCGACGUUGCGCAUCCCGCUGCGAAGAACAUGAUCGAGUUGAGCAGGACACAGGACGAGGAGUGCGGAGAUGGAACGACGAGCGUUAUCAUCCUCGCCGGUGAAAUCCUAGCCCAAUCUCUAGCCCAACUCGAACGGGACAUCCACCCAGUGGUGAUCAUCUCCGCAUUCAACAAAGCACUCACCACCGCCCUCCAAAUCGUGAACCAAAUCUCCAAACCGAUCGAUACGACCAACGACGAGGAGAUGCUGGCGCUGAUCAAGACCUCCAUCGGCACGAAAUUCGUCGUGCGCUGGAGCGACCUCAUGUGCCGCCUCGCCCUGCAAGCCGUGCGCACCGUCGCCACCUCCGAGUCCGGGCACACCAUCGUCGACAUCAAACGCUACGCCCGCGUCGAGAAGGUGCCCGGUGGCGAGAUCGAGCAGAGCGAAGUUUUGCGGGGGGUGAUGAUCAACAAGGAUAUCACGCAUCCGCAGAUGAGGAGGCUCAUCAAGAACCCGAGGGUGAUUCUGUUGGAUUGUCCGUUGGAGUAUAAGAAGGGGGAGAGUCAGACGAAUAUGGAGUUUAGUAAGGAGGAGGAUUGGAAGAGGGCGCAGGAGAUUGAGGAGGAGCAGGUUAAGAGGAUGUGUGACCAGUUGGUCGAGUUGAAGCCGGAUGUCGUUAUCACUGAGAAGGGUAUCUCUGAUCUGGCUCAGCACGUACUCCUCAAAGCGAACAUCUCGUGCAUCCGUCGGGUCCGCAAGACUGAUAACAACCGUAUCGCUUUGGCUGUUGGUGCCACGAUCGUCAACCGCGUCGAGGAUAUCCGCGAGAGCGAUGUUGGAACUGGAUGUGGUUUGUUCAAGGUCGAGAAGAUCGGUGACGAAUACUUCACAUUCCUAACCGAAUGCGCCUCCCCAAAGGCCUGCACCAUCCUCCUCCGCGGCCCCUCCAAAGACAUCCUCAACGAGAUCGACCGGAACCUCGCCGAUGCCAUGUCUGUUGCCCGCAAUGUGGUGUUUAACCCCCAGUUGGUGCCUGGAGGAGGGGCGGUGGAGAUGGCUGUUAGUGUUGGGUUGAACGAAAAAGCCAAAACCGUCAAAGGCGUCGAGAACGGACCCUUCCGCGCCGUUGCGGAUGCGAUGGAGGUUAUCCCGCGUACGCUUGUUCAGAAUUGUGGUGGGAAUGCUAUGAGGGUUUUGACUGAGUUGAGGUCGAUCGAGGCUCUGACUGGCCAGGCGGUUUUUGUCGUUUGGGUGUUCAGGAUCGUGAUCAUGGUGUACUGA